AUGCAGCGCAACCAGAGCUUCCUGGCUGGGUACCUUAAGCUGAGCGACACCCACGAACUCCUACUGCUCCUCCAGCAGAUGAAAGCAACUGUGACACACUUCAUCACUCUCAAGAAGCAGGGCUUUGGUGUACCGGAAGUCAAGGCAAACUCGACAUUUUCCUUCGACCACAUCGUGAAGGAAAUCUCCAAGGGCGACAAAGCUCACGCCUCCUGGCAGAAGCUCGCUGAAGUGUCAACCCGAGACCAACUAGACUUUGACAAUGACCCAUGCUUUGAGAAGUUCCGUGGCGCCCCCCGAACCAAUAAACAGACCUUUCCCAAAGUGGCGUACGUCGCCCAAACCUACAAAAUCAUCAAAAGAUUCCGAGCCUACUUUCCCGAAUCCUUCGAGAAGGAGCAGCCCGGACAAGUGCGCUGGGGUCUGGCCACUGCCAAUGACUUUCAUCGCGCCUUCUCCCUGCUGCGGUAUGCCAUCACCUGCUAUGAAAAGCAGGCCUUCCCUAAGUUCGGCAGGAAGAAACCUGCCCCUGUCCGCUACCUCACCGAGCGAGAGGUUCAACUGCUCCAGAGUGACCCAUUGUCCUCUGGAAAAGAACUGGACAUCCAGAACCUUAAGUCCGAGAUGGCUAUCUUAUGGCGGGACCAGGACUUAGAUAGCCUAGAUGCGACUGAACGCCUAAACAUAGCCGAUAUGAAGAUCACCGAGGAUACUUUAGAUAAGCUGGUGGCCGAUGAUGACCUGCUCACUGACAUGACCAAGAAGCUCUCUAAGAAGCCUAAGUCCAAAUCUCCCACCGGCGCCAACGUACGUGCGCCCAUUGACGAAGAUACCCUGAAAGUCUUCCUUCAGACCUUAAUCGAUCAUUGCCACAUUGCCCACGAUGCAUUUUCCACCAGCUAA